AUGGUCUCCACGCGACACCAUCCUCGCGAAUUCCCCUCGCCCGAGCGCGCCGCGAAAGACCUCGUCAAAUCACCAGCAACGACCAACCCCAAUUCGCGUAAAUGGGUUCACACCCCCUCAGCGGCGCUGACCAUCUGGCUUGUCGUCUCCGUGCCCCUGGUCGCGUGGGACGCAGGUUAUGUGAUGUUGCGACCGCAUAGCAUGCCCGGCGGGCGUCUCCAUUCCCCCAUCUGGGCACCUUACGCGCUGUACGGCAAGAUCGAUUAUAUCUACGGUUGGCCGGCCUACAAUGCGCGCAAUGGAUUUACUGCGGCGCAGACUAUUUUAAAUAUCAUCGAGACCAUCGGUUAUAUCUUCUAUCUCUGGGUUGUUUACAACUAUGGCGCGACUGUUGUCAGCAGUCGUGGACAGAGGGUCAAGAAGGAUCUGUUGUGGUUUCUGAAGGGGGAUAAGGUUGUAGCUGGGAGAAUUGGGGCCUUUGCGCUCGUGGUGGCUUACUCUAUGUCUGUUAUGACUUUGAGCAAGACGAUUCUCUAUUGGCUCAAUGAGUUCUGCUCGGGCUUUGAGAACAUUGGCCACAAUACGCCGCUUGAUCUUGUGCUCUAUUGGAUAAUUCCUAACGGCGCAUGGAUUGUCUUCCCCGCCUAUAACAUCUAUACCCUCGGCGCUGAAGUUCUGAAUGCUCUUGAGCUCGCGACUCCGCGUCAAAAGGUCGGAAGACCCAAAUCCACCUAG